UAGACACAUCGUUAUGCAUUUGUUUCCGAAGCACUGCCCCUAUCACUUACUUACAUGCAUACCGAAUCAUGCUAAUACUCUGGGCUUCUCUCGUAAUCGUUCAAGCGAGGACCGGUUGGGGGGAAAUCCCGCCGGCCGGCACGGUGCCCAUCAGCGGGGAGGCGGCGCGGGAGCUGCCGCAGUUCGAAGCCACGCCCAAGCACCGCAGUAUCCUCCUCAUCCCGGAGUGCUUCGAUGCGCGCCAGAAAUGGGCGGGCUGCCAGAGUAUCGGGGAUAUCCGGCACCAGGGCCUGUGCGGCACCUGCUGGGCGGUCGCCGCGGCCAGCGUCAUCUCCGACCGGAUCUGCAUCACUUCCGGUCAGCGUAACCAAACCUACGUCUCGGCCAUCAACCUGGCAUCGUGCACGGUAGCGGGACGGAGUCCGCAGCAAAAUUGCAUCGGCGGUGAUGAUGCGGCCAACGCGUACAAACAAGCGACACUGUACGGCGCGGUGACCGGCGGGAACUACCAGAGCAGCUACGGAUGCCAGCCGUACUCCCUCUCGCCCACCGACCAACUGGGGUUGUCCUGCCAGAAAACCUGCAGCAACGCCGGAUACGAUAGACCCUACGACGACGAUCUGAUCUUUGUGGACACGUUCUGGACGACGUACAGCAACACGCUCUCACAGGAGCAGAACGCGGCCAAUGUCCACCAGAUGCAGAUGGACAUUAUCGCCAACGGGCCCAUCACGGCGGCCAUUACGGCCUUCAGCGAUCUGGAAACCUGGACCAGCGAUAAAGGAGCUUAUCGUGGACCCUCCCCGGAGGCGCUGAACAAAGCCGGCCACGCCAUCCGCAUCAUCGGCUGGUGCAAAGACCAGCAGCGCGUCCCCUACUGGCUGGUGGCCAAUUCCUGGGGCACCGAGAAGGGCGACCGGGGCUUCUUCUGGAUCGAGCGCGGCCGCAACGUCAUCGGCAUCGAGGACCACAUCUCGGCGCCCAUCAUCCGGCAGCCCAACAACUGCCCUUCCCUGUGCGAUCAACCUCUGGACCAGCUGAUCCGCCUGCAUCCCUACGACCGGCAAUCGCCGGUCUACGCCUUCCAGGGCACCUGCGUGACGGAGGUGCGGGUGGAAGGUGGACGGAUCGUGCCGGUGGCGGCGCCGGCGCCCAUUGGGACGGUGCUGGUGGGCGGGCCCCGGGCGCCGGUGACGCACUGGGCGGAGGCGAAGAAUCAGGGCGAGUUGUGGUUUAUCGGGCCGAGCGGAUUUGCCAGCGUCUGCGGUGACACGCCGGGUUCCAGCAAGAAAAGCUGCCGCGCCGGCAACGUCCAUCCGGACGCCACCGCCGGCCCGCAGACCCUCAACAUGGCCACACGCGACAAAUACGUCUAUUAUACGGAUGAAGCCAGGCGCCAGCAGAUCUACCAGUUCAUGGGCGGCAUGUACCGGCCGCAGGCCAUCAACAUCAAGGAUGCUUUGGCGAAUAACUUCCAAAAGGUCACGGCGCUGCUGGACCUCGACGGGAAGAGUAUGCUGGUGUGCGGCGUGGCCAAGGAUGGGCAAGGUGCUUGCGGGACACUAUCCUACGGGUCCUGGAAGCUAACUGGACAAGCCACCAUGGACAAGAUUGUUACGCAGUGUUAAUUUAUCAAAAAUAAUUUUUACUUUUUAUUACGUGGAUUUGGAAUAUCGUUACUUAUUUUCAGCACUGGCUUAAAACUGUUAACAUGGAUAUAUAAGCGCCAAAUAAAUGCGGUGGAAAAGGUCACGGAAAUAAUUAUACG